GCCAGCUAGCAGUCACCAGAACCAGAACCGAAAUACCAGAACCACCAUGGACAAGUACACGAUGAUGUCCUUGUGCCUCAUGGCUACCUUUGGACUCCUGAUCCUUGAAGUUAAUGCAGGAAACAAUCCACCGGCUAUUCAGCGGAUGAUUAACUGUAUGACAAGUGUGGCGGGGAUCAUGACUAACUCAAGUAUGGAGCAGGGAUCCGCCUGCCAAAAAUUUAACUCGACCCUUGGCUACUGCGUGAAUCUUUACGAAACCGCCAAACCCUUCUACAACUCCUACGAAAAGAGUCUUCUCUCUAUGAUGUACAGUCUAGGGUACUCAAUUAAAGGAUAUUUUUGUCACGAAAAUAGCCCUUGCCUUCCCAAAUUUGUUAAGGGGGAAGGACCCGAAUGUUUUGCCACCCAAAUUCGUGAAAUUGGAAAUUGCAUCAAUGACUACUUACAGGUGCCCCUUUUGGAAGGGUUUUGGGGCUUAGCCGAAAAUGACCAGAAAUGUUUAUCAUUUCGUACUUUCGGCUGGUGUGUCAUUGGGCAUUUGGAUAAAUGCUCUUCAAAGGAAGCUUUCGACACUGCCCUGAUGAACAUCGAGGUUGUGAAAUUGAGACACAAAUGUAAGGAAGACGUUCCGGCACCAGUUGCAAUUACAAUAAGGCCCGAGGAGUUUCUGCCAGGGUACCAUUUGUAAGAUGCUUGUAAGUUCCUUUUUGUUUUAAUAAAAACUU